GAUGAUAGUAUCAUAGUAUAGAUACAUCACUGACAGGAGCGAAAUUUAACUGAUGUGAAUUCUUAGAACCGUUGUGUGUUCUCUUCGAAUUGAGGCUCUUCAUUCGAUCAGGUAGUGUUGACUGGUGCAUCGGGUGGAGUUGGCCAGGCUGUGCUCACGGAACUACUGGGGAGCCAGAGCCGAGUUCAUCCACGUAGAAUUCACGCGUGGGACACUCGAGCUCACUCAAGGAAAGAAGAUUCCGUGGAGCUAAUGAGUGCCAACAAUAAGAUAUAUUACAGCCAGAUUGACGUUACUAAUGAGGACGAAGUGAAAGCGGGAGUCAAAGCUGUGGUGGACUCGGGAGCUAAACGGGUCAUAGUAAUCUGCAAUGCUGGUAUACUCAAUGCAGGCCCCACAGAGGACAUUUCUCAUACCAACUUUAUGCAAACUUUAGAUGUGAAUGUAGCGUCGCAUCAGCUCCUCUUUUCCCUAUUCCUGCACGAGUCAAUUUCCGAUGCCAAUACGCUCAACUUGAUUUCAUUCGUUUCCAUCUCGAGUGCCAUGGCAUUCUCAGCUAGUGCUUUCCUUUCGGCCUACUGUGCUUCUAAAGCAGCAUUAUUAACUUUGCAUCAGUGUAUGAGGUUGGAGAACCGUCAACAGAAACAACCAGUGAGGUUCUCUGUAGUGUGCCCGUUCCUUGUUAAAGAUAGCCCUAUGUUCGAUGGUGCCUUUGCAUAUCCUACUUUACCAGAGAAAUUAGUACUGUUCUUGUGUCCACCGUUGGAAUGUAGCUACGUCGCGAAGGCCGUCAUUAACGAGGCUAUCAUCAACGGCAAGGAGGUUUUAUGUCUCCCGCGAUGGCCUCUGGCUUUCGCGUUGUUGAUGUCGGCCUUGCUACCUACUGAGAUUUACGACUGGAUAACAGCGAUCUCAGGGGGCCAAGUUGGUAUGGUCGGCGUUAUGGCUAAGGCUGAGGUCCACAAGGGAGAGGUGGACAAGAAGGACGACUAGUGCGCGAGUUUAGUGAAGACAGGGUUUCUCUAC